GCAAUUUUGUGCGUACUGUGUCGCCUUUAUAAGUGCUUUUUUUUUAUUGUGGACUAGGACCACAAAUUUUGUGAAUCUAAAACUCAAAUAUUGAUAAACUGCAAGUAUAAUAAAUCAGAAAGUGAUACAAAUUUCCGAAACAAGCCGAAGUUGACUCUCUUUUGCCAUGGAUAGUCAGGCGACAUGGACAGUCAGGUAUGUGGAGACGGUAGACUGAUCGAUUUGAUUGAUGAGGGGUGGCGUAAGGAACGUCUGCCGAUUGAUGACAUCUCAACGCCAGUAGCCGAAUUACCAGAUCCUGAGAGUGACAACGGUGAUUCCCAUAUGACACUGAAGGAGCUGGAGCAGAAGUGGAAUAAUCUGGCUCUUAGUUCUCUUAGUGACAAUCAUCUGCAUUCGCCAACGCCUCUGCACAAUUGAAUUAUUUUCAAUUCUCUAAA